AUGGAGCGAAAGCAACUCGUUACUGAUGCUUGCAAGGUUUUGAAACCUAUUUCAGGGCUUUCAACGGACGAAAUAGCUCGAAAAUACGCCUAUGCAAGUGAUUUAAAUCGCCAAAUCUUGAAGGAUGCUCGAGACUUCAAUAACGAAUUUUGGGUUAAGUAUGAGAAUUAUGUGAACCUCGAAGGAAUAAGGCUUCGGGUAGGUCAGAACCUUUCAGAACAGCAUGGAAAUGGACCUAUUUAUGUUUUUAUUCACGGUUUGGGCGGAAACAUGACCCAAUUUGAACCUCUUCUAAGGAUUUUAGCAGAGCUGAAUGAAGGAUUCGUGGUGCUGGACUUGCCAGGUUUCGGGUACAGUAGUGAAUUGUACGAUUAUAACAUGAUUCGUGUUGUUGAAGUAGUGGAAGAAUUGCUACAAUCGCUUACUGAACGCAGGAAGGUAGUCUUGGUCGGUCACUCUCUGGGAUGUCAUGUUGUGAUGCACUUCGUAUCUGAGUUUUCCUCCAAAUACGACAUAAGAGAGAUACUUCUCCUUUCGCCUGCUGCUCCAGAUCUGCCUCAGUUGAAAGCAUUUUUCACUAAAGUGAGCCUUACCGUGCUUUCCAAGAUGCCAGUUCUUUUUGACUGGUAUCGAAUUUACUUCGAUCAAUCCAAGGGCCUCGAUAGUUCUGGUAUCAAACAGUUCCAUUACCAAGCUGAUACCUACCGUAAACUUUGGCAAUUCUUUUACAAUGUGCAGAUCAAAAGCAGAUCUAUUGUUCAAUAUUUGAGGGGCUGGACCCCAAUAAACUGGUCAAGUGAGGCCAUAACACGUCUUCCAAGUGCUGUCGUAAUAACAGGCAAGCUGGACCCGAUUACCCCGCUUUCUACUGCAACUUCAUUCUAUGAAGCACUAGAACCUGUCAGACGAAAGGACAUAAUACUUGUUGAAGAAUGUUCGCACAAUAUCUGUUUCGACAGACCAGAUGAGAUCUCAGAGCUCUUUCUAGAUGUCGUUGAUCGACACGGUUAA